AUGAUUCUUGUAGGUGAUUUCAAUAUAAAUUUGCUAAAAAAAGAUGACUCCAAAACUAAACUUCUUCUUAGUUUUCUCAAUUAUACUCGUCUAUCUCAAGUUAUAUCUGAACCUACACAUUAUACAUAUCACAGCGAAACACUCAUUGAUUUGGUAUACUCUGACAUUAGUGUUUCUAACACAACAGUUUCACAUAUACCACAAUUAGGGCAACAAGCAGUGAUAUCCCUUCAAUUUCUAAUAGAAAAAGAUAAGUUUAUUACACUUAAAGAAGAUGACGUUAAUGGAUUGUUCGCGGCGCAUGCUGCCAAACUUGGGCCGCAAGAUGACUCUAUAAAGACCACAGAAAUUGUAAAAGACAAUGAAAGAAAUAAAAGCCCCUUGGAAAAAUCAACUGGUACUAAGAAGAUGAAUCAAGAUCCGGCCACUCUACGACAUACAACUAAUCCUGAAGUUGGAGUCGUCCAAAUGGAGUCAAGAAAGGAAGUGCUUCACACGACGUUGAAGUCAAGUGGCAAGGUGUCACCUGUAAUGAUACCGAAUGAGUAUCUCUACGAAGACCAGGAAAUUCAAGAGGCGAUACAAGAACCGUUAGAAGAGAUUGAAGCAGAAAAUCUCCAAGAGAUUCCAGAGGACUUACCUGAUGCCGUAACCGACGAAGAUGUUAACAGCUCCCAAGUAGCUUCUGCUGCUUCUUUAACUAGCACGGACGUGGAAGAUGAGAAUGAUCAAUGA